AUGUCCAUUUCCUAUAUGGGCUGCCACUGCCCCAAACCAAGGCCAUCCAGUGAUUGGCAAAGGAGAAUUCUAUCUACCACCGGGAAAAAUAUGAAAAUUCCAGGCCCCCGAAGACGAGCGGACGCAUUUGGGCAAGGACAGGCUGCAAUUUUGGCUAAGCCUGUCGAUAAGAGCAAGCCAAGUUUCUACGAUGUUAGUCUUGUCGAUGGCUAUAAUCUCCCGGUUUCCAUUGAUACAAAGACGGGAUCAAGAAAAUGCCACAUCGGAGGGUGCUCGAAGAGUUUGAAGAGCAUGUGUCCAGUUGAGCUCCAAGUUGUGAAUGGUGAAGGGGAAGUUAUGGCUUGCAAAAGUGCUUGUUUGGCUUAUAAUCUUGAUUCAUUCUGUUGCAGGAAUGAAUAUGGGAGCCCAGAGAAGUGCAAACCUAUUUUGUAUUCGAAAUUGUUAAAGGAUGCUUGUCCCUCUUAUUUUAGUUAUGCCUUUGAUACCCCACCUCCUUUGAUUAAUUGUGAUUCGGAUGACUAUGUCAUAACUUUCUGCGCGGAUAAAUGGGGCAGUGAACGUAUGUCUACUAGCUUCCAUUCUAGAAGUGGUAGCUUCCCAUCUCCUUCGUGGUAG